GAUAUUUCGACUAUCGAUUACUAACUCGUGCCUACGUUCUUCGAGCAACGAUGGUAAACAAUAAAGAUGUCGACGAUGCGACAAGUUCCGAGGACGAAGUAUUGAAAAACGUGUUAAAAGAAGCGACAGAUCAUGAAUUUUUGAAAGAUACUUAUUUUUCCAAUACUGAAAACAAUCAUUCAACAAUUUCUCAAGAAACGAGCACGUAUCAUAAUUCUACGUGUUCAGAGGAUUUAACGAAAUCGAAAUCGCUAAGGCCCUACUUCGUGCAGAACGAUAAGUUUGAAAACUUUGGAGUAACCCCAUCAUUUCAGAAAUAUGUUGCAGGGAAACUAGAUGAAAUAAUAGAGAAAUCUAUUAAGAUAAAGAACAAGAAAAAGGGAAAUUGUCUUGUAACCGAGCAACAAGAUACAGACAGUAAGUCUGGUAUAAAACUGCUCAAUUCUUCAGUAGAAUUUUUAAUAGCAGAAGAUGAGCCUGAAAUACUACCUAAAAGAAGAAAAAUCAAAACAACUAUAGAUGAAAAAGCAAUUCUAUUGAAAUGUAAAGAAGUUGCAGUAGAUCCUGAGAGGAUAUUAUCGAAAACAGAUACAAAAGCUUGGACAAGUAAACGAAAAGAACCAGAGUUUAAAUAUAAAAGAUUAAAAAAUGGUACCUUGGUUGAACAAAUCUAAUAUUGCUUUAGAUUUUUAAUAUUUUGAAAAUUGCCGUACGAAGCGAAUAGAAAUAAAUAUUUUUACAAAAAAAACUUAAUGUUUGUACAUAUUACAUUUCUGUCUUUGGUAUUACAUAUGUUUUACAGUUAUUUUCGUCUCAUCUAUUUACACUGUGCACUUUUCAGGGUAACUAUAGGGAUUUCAAAAUAAUUUAACAUUAUUAGUAUCAGAAACAAUUUUAUUUCUAUCCUUUUAUUUUUUAAUUGAAUAUGAACAAAUAACUCUUUUAUUAAUAUUUUGAUACAGAGUUCGUAAUUGCGACGGAUGUUGUUAUAUCAUUGAUUUUAAUCUACAUUCGUGUUUAAAAUGUAUGUAUGAUUUAUUCCUAGAAUAAGUUACGGAACAUCGUUUCGCAUAUGCUCAAACAAAUAUUUCGCCUAGAUAUACGCCCUCACGUAUUACAUCUACAUCGUUAUUCAAUAUCCCAUUUGCGAGCACCGUCAUCGAUGAUAUUUCGACGAAAAAAUUAUUUAAACCACUUACAUCGAAUAAACGAUAAUUACUUGUAAAUUUUCAAUACUGUUAAUAUUAUACUACAAACAGAUAUUCUAUAGCAAGAUACAGUUCUUCAUAAAAGUAUUUCUGUAACUUUAGAUAAAUUGGUCCGAAAAUCACAAUACACUUUCCAGAACGAUUUAAUUUUAUUUCAUCACAAUUUUUUUUACCCAAACUAUUUUUCACUAUCUACUUUUAUAUUAUUGAUUUCACCAAAUACUUCCCUGAACGACUGUAAAUAUAUAAGGUAUGGUAACACAGGUCAAUUCGAUUAUUUUAUACAAUAUUGUACCAUUAUUUUCUUCACAAAUGAUAAUUUUGCAUUUGUAAGUAACACAUUGAAAAUUAUAACAAGAAAGCACGGCUGUCGAUCUUCUUUCCUCUUUGUAUUUUGAAUCGGUCGUGGAAAUUGUCGAACAAAGUUUAUCAUCAAUUUCUCGACGAAGGGAUCAGUCCAGUUCUAUAGAAGUUCGAUUUCCUGGUUGAUAUUUUGUGGUAGCCAAAUAAGUUAAUGGACUCCCGAAUGUUCUCAUAUCGCCCGACAGAUAGAUAGGAUGCAGUUUGAGAAACAAAGGCUUCGCAGAAUCUAUAAAGUCAGAGAUUCUGAGUAUUGAAGAUGAAUACCCUAAACUUUCUGAUAUAAUGAUUCCAACAACCCAACUAAAGUAUAAACUUCCAUUUAAUUCUAGUUCAAAAUACAUCCACAAUACACGAAUCGUCCAUUAAAAUUUCAUAGACUAAACUAUAAAAGUAUGAUUUUCAAUAGGAUAUUUAUUACAAAUUAAUUUCGUCAUUAGAGUAUUGAAAUUUUUUAAUGGAAUUUACAGUAGAAAAUGAAUUGAUCGUCUAUACUUCUAAAUGAACAUGCUUAUUUUUUGAUAAAAGAACAGAUUUUAUUUGUUUAUUGAAUAAUUUUAUACACAAAAACGAAGCAAUUACUGACCUGAAGACACAUUUUCGAUUGUCGAUCGUUGUUCGAUAUCGUUGCGUGUGUUCGCCUAAAUAAGGUGAAGAAUUCGGUUUUAAAUAAAUCAGAGAACGUUUCUACUGCUAUUUGAAUGAAUGAAAGCCGAAGAAUGAGCAGAGAACAAUGCCGUAACGAUGAUUAGUUAAUUGCCUUGAAACAAAAUUCUUCUAAUGCAGCAUGCAUUUUUUUUCUAUCCCAUGCAAUAUUGAUCGACAUAUUCCUUAGAAUUCGAUUGAUUUAUUCAGCGUUCCAAUGUCAAGUCAUCACUAAUUAUAAAUCAAUCAAACUGUCGUAACAUGUUUUAAAAAAAUAUAUCCUGUGUAGAAUGCUCAGAAUUUGUUAAUAUGAAAAUUUAUUGCCUAUUGAAGUUCUUCGUUUAUGUUUCAUACAUAUAACAUACGCAAAGUGUAUUUAAAAACCAAUUCUCAUGAAAAUAAAUAAUUUUCGUAAAGCGUAUUUCUUCAUUACAGCGUGCAAUAACGAGUAAUUCAUUUUAAAAGGAAAGGGGAGUGCAUAGAGGACGUAAUCAAUGGAACAAGCUUUGUAAUUGUAGCCGGAUUAAAAUUAAUUUUCAGCUUAAGGCCAUUGAGUUAAUCAUUCUCUUCGUUUCAAUAUUAUAUUUUCAGUUUAUUAUUAUACAUAUAUAUUUAAACAAAAUUUCUAAAAAAUCGAACUGAAAAAUAGAAUUCUCAGUUGAAAAUGGAAACUUAGUCUUAAGCAGAUUGUUAGCUAGCCUUAGGUUGAUUAAAUUUGAUCCAGCCAUAAGAAUGGUACCUCUAAACUUGGUUCUCCGCAUUCGCGUCAUUGAUCGUGAUUUCGGGUUUGGCGUCUAAUGACUCAACGCUCUCCUCAAUACUUAUCCUAGACGAAUUAUUUGGCUGAAAGUACCAUAUAUUUCUUGUUUUAUUCGAUUCUCGUGCUACCGAAUACUUUCACGAUCCUAGUUCGAUUUAUUGUUCUCGUAUCAAUGAUAAGUAGAUGAAUUUUUCAUUCGCAGGAACUUUUCAUUCACAGGUUUCGGAAUUGUUUUCAUCGAGGAUGUUUUUAUUCGUCGUAUGUAACAUUAUCGAUAUUGCAUACUUUUAUUCGAAAAAAAUAUAAGGAUAUACACAUAGAAAACCGACGAUGGAUAAAAUGUGUGUGCAUGUGUGCAUGUUUAUACGUGUGUAUGGCAAUGAGAGGAAUGAAUAAUAUUGA